UAUUAAAACUUGGUAAUUUUUUUCUCAGUAUACAAGUACAGAGAUUCCGAGUGCGUGAAGAAAUUUUGUCUCUCAUAUAAAAUCACGAUCUCAAUUUUGUGAGUUUGUAACGAGAAAGGUUAACAGGCUCUUUCAAAGAGUUUAUUCAUUUAUAAUUUUCAUUUCUUUUUGGAUUUUAUUUUUUUUUAAAUUGGUGAUCCAUUUCGUCUCCAAAAUUGUCCUUUUCUCUUUUUAUUGUACAAUAAAAAAACACGUUAACAUAUUAUAAUAUAAAACUCAAAUGAAAGAUGUAAAGAGUGAAUCUCAAUUAAUUUUUUUUAUUAUUCUUUCACUUAUGAAGAAAAACUGAUCCGAUUCACCUCGGUCUACCCCGUUAUUUGCAUUAAAUUGCAGUAAUUAGGUGCGCAAAUGGUGCACAAUUUAACUAUUUACCCACGAGUUCGCGAAUAAUCUUGUUCCGCAUAACUAUUAAUACGCGUUUCCAAGCUUAGGUGAGAGAUUUGGACGUUUCGGAGUUUUGAACGAUGCAUGUGUCAUCGUGCAGGGAUAAUUUCGUCGAUACUUCGCGAACGAGCUGACAGUCGUGUGACUCACGAUGAUAAUUUAAUUACGGGGAGUUCGACUUAUGGUCUUGCGAGGAAGCACUGAAUUAUUACGUGUUGAACAAAGACAAGGUAGUUCAAAGCUAAUUCUAAUCAUCAACUGCAGUGGUAUUUAUGUAUUCCGACUUACACAAUGCAUUCGCCGCGGUGCGAUAUACACCGGGGUUAAUAAUUGGCGCGCACAUGCGAAUAUGCGUCGUGCGAAAUUUCAUCACGCAGCGCCGACGGCGAACUCGAUGAACUCUGAAGCGACAGUAAUGUGGCGGAAAUUGUUUAUAUUUCAACGCGCGAGAGAUUUGUAUUGUUCGCCGAUCGAAUGGAACGUGACGUAAAAUGUCGAUUCGACCCGGGAUGAUUGAUCAAUUGCGACAAUAAAGAGGCUCCGAUAGCUGUUUCGUAGUGACGUGUGAAUUAUGAUCUCCCGCCCGUGUCGAAAACAGCGUUCGGCGGUAUGUCCGUCCGCCAAGAUACGGCGGAGUUAAUAGGUCAUCGCGCGAUGGGAAUGUCCGGUUGAAUUUGUACGAGGCAAUCAUCUCGAGCUCUCCCGUCGGACCGUCCGUGGCAAUUACUUUCGCUUAAUCGGAAGCCUCACGGGCAUUUCGUACCUGCGUAAUGCCAUCCCGAUCCGUAACCAUGUUCUUACGUCAUAGUUGCUUGCUCAACUUUCUCCCUCCCUCUCUCGUUUUUCUCUCUCUUUCUUUUUCAGUCUUGGGACGCAGUCCGAAAAAAAGUGGACCUUGAACUGCGAAAGCAAUAACGCGCUCCACUAAUAAAUUACGUUCCGCAACAGAUUUUAAAUGUCUUUUGCGAUAAGAAAGAGUGGAACUUAGCGGCGAAAGUUUCGAGUCUAUUCAUAUAUCUCAUUCUUAUAAAGUUUUACUUUAUCUAAGAUUAUCAGAGUCUCUCCCUUUUCAUAAAUAAAGUUUUUAGAAGUAUUUAUUAGUGAUUCUUAUAACUUUGUGCGAUAGAUUAUUACGCAGACGAUGUUAUACGCGACGCUGAUGUGUUUUAUGUUUUCGCUGAUUUGGUCGGCAUAACGCCGCAAGUGUAAACGAUACGUGGAGAUAAAACGUGGAUGAAUAAAUGUGGAAAUCGUUACGGACGCUGGUCGUGGCGACGACCAAUAGGGUACGGUCGGUGCUAUGAAUACGUCCGUACGUAUACUAACCGAACCACCGUAUAUUGGAUCAAAGGGUGUCACGUGUGCUAAAUAAAUAGCUUCUAUAUGUACGCCGCGGGCAAUAGAUAUAGCCGCAUUGCUAAUUCGUCAACGACUGAUGCAGGAUAUUUUCGGUAAAGUACACUUACUCGCUGAAAUAUUUGCUAUACGGCCAGAGUCUGAAGCGGAAGCUUCCAACCACGAUCGUGGAGUUGAUUUGAGGGCAAUUCUUGUUCGUCGGUCUGACUUUUUGAUCUCCGAUAGAUAACAGUCGGUAGAUUUGUGUAGCACUGCGACUAAAAGAUUCGAUGAUUUGUCGCGAGAAUAUGGAGACGGCACGCGACGUCAUUAGCCGGAGUUGUCGGCGCUAUAAUAAUCCAGCGAAACGACGCUUGGUUGUCGUCAUCGGAAGCCAGGCGAUCGGUCGGUCAUUCUCUCUCUCUCUCUCUCUCUCGAUUCUCAUGAAAAGCAGUUACGCCUGGACCGCUGCCAAGAUGUUCCGACGACGGAGUCGGUUCCUCUUGUCUCGCGUCCCGGUAGCGGUUUCGAUUUCUGCUGAUUACGGGGGAGACGCGUGGUGGUAGCGGCGAUGAUGAUGCUACUCCUGCUGCUGCUGCUAUUGCUGCAAGUACAAGUUGCUCCGAGAGCGAAUUGCAGAGUGGAAGAGAAAGAGAAAGAGAAGGAGGAGAUGUCUGGGCGUCCCCAGGGGCAACAGGUCGAUUUGAAGCCGCUGCGGGAGGCGACGGUGGCGGUCCCCGCGCCGAAGAUCACCGAGAAGCGAAAAGCCGAGGACGCCGAUGCCAGCAAGGAUCUGAAGAAGGCAAAAUUGGAAACGAAAGCGCUGAAAGCGAAGAGGCCAGGAUUCACGGACGAGCGGUACAACGAGACCAGUUAUUACGUGGAGCACGGCCUCCGUAAGGUAUAUCCCUAUUACUUUACCUUCACGACAUUCACGAAAGGUCGAUGGGUCGGCGAGAAGAUCCUGGAAGUCUUCGCGAGGGAAUUCCGUGCCCAUCCAGCCGAGGAGUACGAGAGAUGCAUUCGAGCCGGCACCCUCACGGUCAACUAUCAAAAGGUGGACGUCGAUUACAGAUUACGGCACAACGAUCUUCUGGCUAACGUCGUCCACAGACACGAGGUGCCUGUCACCUCGGAGCCGAUCACGGUGAUACACAUGGACGAGGACGUCGUCGUGGUCAACAAGCCCGCCUCCAUCCCUGUGCAUCCAUGCGGUCGUUAUCGACACAAUACCGUGGUUUUCAUUCUGGCGAAAGAGUACAACUUGAAGAAUCUCAGGACCAUUCACAGGCUGGACCGGUUGACUAGCGGCAUUCUCCUGUUCGGUAGAACGCCGAAGAAGGCGAGGCAGAUGGAGCACCAAAUAAGAAAUCGACAGGUCCACAAGCAGUACGUAUGCCGAGUGGAGGGUGAGUUUCCCGAGGAGGAGGUGAUCUGUUCGGAGCCGAUCGAGGUCGUCUCUUACAAGAUCGGCGUUUGUAAGGUCUCCGAGAAGGGCAAGGAUUGCAUCACCCGCUUCAAGCGUCUCAGCUACAACGGCAAGUCGUCGGUGGUGCUGUGUAAGCCGCAAACCGGGCGUAUGCACCAGAUCCGCGUCCACCUGCAAUACCUCGGCUAUCCCGUGGUGAACGAUCCUCUCUACAAUCACGUGGUCUUCGGUCCGCACAAGGGUAAGGGCGGUAAUAUCGGCAAGACCGACGAGGAGCUCGUCCGGGACCUCAUCAGUAUCCACAAUGCCGAGAAUUGGCUCGGCAUGGAUGGCGAUUCCGACAUGAGCCUGUUCAAGCCGAAGCUAGAGUUGGAGGAGCGCAUGCUGAGCUCCAGUAGUGACAAGGACAACAGUUCUUCGCCAUCGUCCACCCCGGGCCUGGUCGAAGACGAGCAGCAGCAACAACAACAACAACUGCAGCAACAGCAGCAGCAGCAGCAGCAGCAAUCGCAGCCGCAACCGCAACCGCAACCGCAGCAGGAAUCUCUCAAGGUCACCGUGGGAACGCAGACCGGUUCGGAACCGCCGGAUUCCACUUUCGCCAACGACAAGGUCACUGUCGAUCCGCACUGCUACGAGUGCAAAGUCAAGUAUAGAGACCCGAAGCCGUCGGAUCUGGUGAUGUAUCUGCACGCGUGGCGUUACUGCGGCCCGGGAUGGGAGUACGAAACGCCACUGCCCGCGUGGGCGGCGAGCGAUUGGACCGGCGACGAUCGAUAGUUCGUACGACGCGAUCGAGGACGAUCCGUGCGGACUCCUCGGCGUACAAUCGUCGUCAUUGUCGUCGUUGAGUCUCGAUCCCCCCUUUUGAUAUCCUUACCCCGUGCCUUCCAUCCGCCAAUGAGCGAUUUUGACCAUCGUACGCAAAAGCAAGUACACGUACACGAAUACGAAUACGCAUACACGCAGACGCAUACAUACGGUAGACAAACAGACGCGCAUCCCCCCGCAACUUGAUCGUCGGACUUUCCGGGGUGUUCCUGCGGUGUUCGAGAGAAAUGGGAUUGCUGGAACAAUCUCACGUCGCUCGAUAUAUUUACGUUUCUGUAAACUCGUCGUCGAUACGUAAACGACAACUUGGGCGUUAUCAUGAGAGGCAAUUGCCGGACGGGCCGCCACGCCGUUUACGAGCGCAGAAAUGUGUACGCGCUCAUCCUCGCGGCAACGUUCGCCCAUCGUGAUGCACGCGUUCUCGUUUCGUUAUAUAUUUCUGGCAGAGUCUUACGCAGGAAACGAUCCGAGACGCGACGUUAUUAUGCGGAUUAAUCACAGCGACAAAAGACGUUGUAACCGAUCCUAUUACCGCAAAACUGUCCUGAUUUUGGUGAGCCAGCUAAUAAAUCAGAUCACCAUUAUUGUUAUUUUUGUCUUGCCGCAGCAAUGUUCCGGGUUUCUCAACCACGUUUUCCUCCGAGCAAACCUGGAGCGCCUUGUACAGUUGUACGCAGUAAAGUUACGCUGAGAUUUCGUAAUAAGGUGCAAUGAUUGUUCCUACGAUCGUUUUUCUCCGCGUAACAGAAUGUUCUUGCAUGAUCGGUCGGUCGAUGUGGAUCUUACAAGUCGCAGGACUUCGUUGCAGCUUCCGAAUUAAUAUGGCGAAUAGCAAUUUCUUUUUAUAUCAUAAAGAUAUAUUGUAACAAAUGUAGGCGAUCUGUGAUUAUAUCACCACGAUAUUUGUCGAUCAAAACGUUUUAACGGAAAAAGAAUAUAGCCGUACGGCGAAGCAGCAAAAUGGCUAAAGAUAAUAACUCUAUUUUUAUUUUUAUUUGUGACAUAUAUAUAUAUAUAUAUAUAUAUAUAUAUAUAUAUAUAUAUAUAUGCACAAACAAAAAAAAUUAUAUAUAUAAAUAAUAUAGAAAAAUACGAUUAAUUGAAUAAUUUUCGUUCGAUUGUAACACGAACGACUCGUAUCAGCUACGAUUUUAUGCGUUACGUCGCGCGCAUAUAAAUUGUGCAUAAAAAAAAAAUAAUUUGCGCGAAUGCUCUAGCAGACUGAGACAAAUGCGUCCGUUCCGCGACAGUCUCGGGGCCGCUUUUAUGAGCAGUAGCGGUCAAAAAGUCACUGCCACUGGAGUGCGAGAUACCCCUAACGCGUGAGGGAAGAUUGAUGCAUCUGUCGGAGGUGGCAUGGGUAUUCCGAUGGAUCGCGUAUCAUUCAUCUUGAUUUAUGACGUACAUAGAAACGUGGAAAGCCGCGGGUCUCUCUCGUCUAUUUCCUAUGGUCGCGAGAAGUCGUCCGGUUGGCGCGCGACCGUUACUCUCCAAUCUUACGGAACAUUUUGAUUCACGAGAGAUACCGCUCGAUCCAUUUCUCAAAAUUCCAGCGUUUUGCAGAAGCAAUGUCUUAUCAUCCAAGAAUAAACGAGUGGCGUGGGUAGUGGCCGGGUGUGUGACGUUCGAUCGCGGGCGCUGACGCUCGAUCGGCGUUCUCGGGAGACGUUCUACGGUAAAUCACCGUCUCGGUGGCUUCGCGAAUUUGACUCGAAAUUGACUUCGGACGGACGGAAGUGAACAGACGAUAUCGAUUAUAUUCGGCAGCAGUGUUGCUUUUGGCAUCGAACCCGCCUCAGUUCUUCAGCUUGACACAAGUCAGCUAUAACUGGGAGAUAAAUUUAUCCCCGGCGGGUCCGGCUUUGGAACAAUUUCAACGAAGCCCUGCGAUUUCCGUUAUUAUAGUAUAGGUGGUUGUGUAUCGCUAAUAUACUCGUUGUGAAAGAUUACCGUAAACUUCGCGUGUCGAACGAGACGGGAGGAGACAAAUAUACAUCGGUAUUAAUAGUAUAUAAAUGCUAUUAGGAAAUCUUUCCGAUGUGGUAUCUCUGUUACUUGUAAUCGUCGGUCUUCUACCGUGCCAAGUUUGUCAAAGCUUUCCGAAGGAUACCGCGAUUGUAUCCUCGAGACCGUGCGUACAUCACACGAAUAAUCGCGCAUUAUUUCUUAUGUUCACCGACGAUGAGACCACGUUCCUCAUUGAGGACAGCGGUCCGGUUCCCAUUCACACGUGUGCGAAACGCUCUCGCACGGUUUCGAGAAUAGACUCCUUGGAAUCGGGACGACGAGGAGAAAGAGAAGAGGUGGAAGAAGGAGAUGGAAUUGUAUCCUCCGCAGUGGCACAGGUAGGGGACUGACGUACGGAAACUGCGAUAGAGGCGCAUCUAUUUUUAUGGCAGAUAUUUAAGUAGGAGGGGGGGAGGGGGGAACCAAUGCGCGGUGGCGCGGGUCCAGCGGCAGGGUUCUCCAACAAUAAGCGUGAUCUUGCCCGGAAGACAGCCAAUGAUCAUGCCAAAGAGCGUGCGACCAGCGAGCUUUCAAUCAUAUCGUGCGUAAUGUACCUUUUCUCGAGGCCGAUGGGAUAUCUCGAGAGGAGCGAAGGGGAGAGGGUGGACAAGGUGUUUCGCAACAAGUACAAUCCGAGAGCGAGUGAAAAAAAAAAUACGCGAGAGCAAAACGUGCUACAAUUUUAUUUUAUUACGAAUCGUCGCGUUCUCUCGUCUCCGUGCGUCUUCGAGAGGCCGUGAGAGGUACGCGAAGCGCGCGUGACACCUCCAAAUCAGCUUCCAAGUUGCCAGGCUGCUCCUGUUCGAGCGCAGAAAUUUCGCCGAUUAUUUCGUGAGCUUUUUAUUUCAGGACAAUCGCGCUGCACAUGCGCUUGUUCUGUACGAAGAAGCUCUCGUACGUACACGCAUAUGGGACCUGUUUUGCGUCACGCGGCAUGAUAACACGCGGCGCAGCGUGUGCACAAGAGCGACGAACAGGGGCAGCCAUGCAACAAAACACCGCACCGCGUAUGACGCGGGCUUCGGAGCCUGUAUUUUAGCGUCGAAAGGCUUUUAAGAGGCAUUCUACUUUGUUGGGUCUGACAAAAAAGAUUGUUUUCACACAAGAAUUUUUUUAAAACAAAGUAUUGAAGCAAUUAAGAUGAAGCUUGUGUCGAAAUACUUAAUUUUUGUAGAUUAUAAUGGUAUUUUUACUAUCGCAGACUAUCAGUGGAUAAUGUAUAGAUAAUGUUAAAUUAGGGAAAUCUCCUUUGCGGAAAUUAUUGAUACAAGAGUAAAGAAUUGUCUUAAAUUUAUAUGAGUCAUACACCGACUGAACUGAAAUCAGUAUUAAAAAUUGACAAAAUGGAGGCUUUUCAAAGAUUACUUUAUUUUUAAAUAUUUUAAUCCUUGAAAGACCGCUAUUUUGUCAAUUUUCAAUUUGUAAUAUUGAUUCUAGUUCGGUGCCCGACCUCAUAUAAAUUAAGAAAAUUUUUUGUGUUUUAGAUUCAUCAAUGGCUUUCAAUCACUUCUGCAGAGGAUCCCCAAUUUAAAGUCAUUUAUAUUAUGCACGAAAUCAUCAACAAAAAUCAAUAAAUAUUUCUACAAAAAUUGCGUCUUGAUUGCUCAAGUAUUUUCCUAUAAAAAAAGUCUGGCCUUUUUCUCCCAAGAAAAUAGAAUAUCCCUUUAAGUCGUCGUGAGCAGUGAUGGGAAGUGAUCCAGAAACGAUUGGGCGAAGCUACAGACGCGAUGCAUCAGAUUACUAUGCCUUCCGAUGAAAUUAGCGACUUUUCGACUCUUUGAUGUCAUAAUCCGCACUUCUCUUUUCUAACGGGGCCAAUUCACGUGCGACCGUGUCUGGAUGUUUGCCGAGGGAUGAUCUCCGACGACAAGUGCUACGACCUACGAUUAUUAUGCUAUUACGAUGUGCCGUAUCAACGAGAUUUAAAUUAAAUUAAGUUCGUACUGCCGCGCGACGUAUACGCCAUUAAUUUAAACAAUUUAGUACACGGUCGAGGACUACGCGUUUGCUAAUGUGUAUCCUUAGAAUAGCUUGACGUUUUAGUUUAGAAAGCGUGAGAGCGUAAGAGCCUUAGGAAUGACUGCUUUUAGGGCUGGCGUAGCUAUUAACUCGGUAGAGUCUUUUUAAAACAUUCGAUGGGAUCAAGAUACGACCACACUGAAAGAGUUAUCCUUCUUCAAAGUACUUAAGGCUUAACGCUGGAUAUACACAAUGGGAUAUGUUAGUGCCUAAAAGAAAAAAAAAGUUCGAGACAAAUGUGCGUCGUUAGUAUCGUGCCUAGAUAUUUUUUCAAUCUGGAGCGAGAGCACUUGGGACAAACCGAUCUUGCCCAUCACUGCCCGCGAGUCGUGAAUAAAGGAAUAAAGCGAAAAUAAAUGGGGAGCGAAUCAUAAUAUCGAAUGUGCGACGGAAAGAAAUGAUUUUGGUAUAUAGAUAAUAUAUACGUACAUACAUAUGUAUAUGUAUAUAUGUAUACAUAGAAAGAGAAUAAGAAAAAUGCAGAGAUAACGUAACACAACGGACCUAUCAUAAAAGACAGUGUGUGCGCUUACUAACACAAUCGGGACAGCUCGUCGAAAUGUGGUGAGCUAUCCCGAAAACGUAACGGCUAGUUUAAAUCUAUUAUUUAAGUAACUAACGGUAAUUUCAAGAAGCCGCGAAAAAGACAGUUCCGACUUUAGUGGCGCUAAGAAAGAAAAGCGGGAGCGAGAGAGUGGGAGAGAACGGAAGAGAGAGAGAGAGAGAGAGUGCGAGAGAACGAAAGAGAGAGAGAGAGAGAGCGAGCAGACGCGACGGCGAUCUGCGGAAUCGAGUGAACGUGCUUUUGUAUAUAUGUAUUGUAUACGCACAUUGUACCGUAUCUAAAGUCACAUUAUUAUCCGUACUGUAGCCGGCGGAACAGUUUAGAGCUAGUGAAUUCUCUUGUAUGAUGAACGAAUAAAUGCAAAGUAUCGUUCGAUAAAAA